ACCACUUAUUUUACUUACAACUCGUAGAAAUGGCUUCUUUGAUUAGCUUUCUUUCUUUAGCAUUAUUUCUGGUCUUGUCUUUCUCCUUUGCUCUUGCGUUCGAUCCCAGCCCACUUCAAGAUUUCUGUGUUGCAGAUGUGGGCAGCUCGGUUACGGUGAAUGGUUUUGCUUGUAAGGAUCCAAAGAUGGUCGGAGCCGAUGAUUUCUCCUUUACUGGACUUCACUUACCGGGCAAUACAUCAAAUCCAGUAGGUUCUAAAGUAACCCUAAUUAACGUAGACAAAAUUCCAGGACUUAACACUCUUGGCAUCUCUCUUGCUCGCAUUGACUAUGCACCCUACGGUCUCAAUCCUCCACACAAACACCCUCGCGCCGCCGAAAUAUUCACUGUCGUCCAAGGCUCUCUCGAAGUCGGAUUUGUUACAUCGAACCCUGAAAAUCGUCUCAUUACAAAAAUUCUUAGCCCAGGCGAUGUGUUUGUUUUUCCUUUUGGUCUUAUACAUUUCCAGAGAAAUAUUGGAAAUAGCAAAGCACUUGCUUUUUCAAGUCUAAGUAGCCAAAACCCAGGUAUCAUUACAAUUGCUAACUCUGUUUUUGGGUCUAAUCCAGAUAUUCCUAGUGACAUUCUUGCUAAAGCUUUCCAACUGGACAAGAAUGUCGUUAAGUACUUGCAGUCAAAGUUCUAAUUAACACAGUACAAGAAAGAGUUCUUGGAGAAGCAAGUGGCAAGUUGUGUUUUCUUAUUGGUAGUUAUUUGUGUCUAUUUAUUAGUUUUUAAUUCUGUGUGUGGAACUGUGGAUUAAUAUAUAUGUUCAGUGUCUUGUUAUUGUUAUUCUAAUAAAUAAUUUCUUUAUUCAAUAUAAAAUUAUUUGUG